GUUGCACUACAAGCUCUACAGAACGAGAGUUCGCUUUCGCAAGCUGAUGUGGAGUUUCAGGCAGAUAGGUAUGCCAACUCUUCCAGGGGCCCCAGAGAGUCUCGUUGGAAGCUCUGGUGCGCGUUCGCCGAGAGAUGCGAGGUGCCUCCACUGCCGGUCACGACCGACCUCAUCGACAAGAUCGGCGCCCUCUUUAAGCAAGGUCGCUAUAGGUCGGCCGCGCAGUAUUACAGCGUGGCUAAGUCUGAGCAUCGGUCCCAGGGAUACGACUGGUCUCCAGCACUUGACCACGCGGUCGCACAAGCAGUUCGCUCGAUCACUCGUAGGACGGGGCCGUCAGCUGCCAAGCUCGAUUUCCCAUUGGAAAGGAUCGAGUCGCCUUCAGACGUGGGGAUCGUGGCCGCGUGGUUCCUUCUGCGAGGCCUGGAGAUUGGGCUGUCACCCAAGUUACGCAUGCAUACUGCAUAUGCGUUCGGUCGCACGACCCAGGCUGCAAUAGGUUUGUGGAAGGCUGAGGCGCCGUUUUUCGGAGACGGUCAAGGAGAGGUCGCCGUGUGGCCGCGUCAAGUGGUCCUUCGUUGGGCCCAACAUGCCUUCCGGGUCGCGGGGUGGGGCAGUGCUGCGAUCUGCCGCUACGUUCAAGAAGCAGCACUCGCAGAUCCAACACAGGUCGCGCGAGCCGUCGUCGACAGGUCCGCGCCGUGGUCGCAGACUGCUUUCGAGGACAAGGAGUGCUUGUACAUAACGUCAGGUUUUCGCCACUGCCCACUCUGCUUUCCGGACGAAGCUGCGGUUGUUUCGGUGCUCGAGCCCCCAGAGCUUCCCAAGGAAGCGUCAUUGACGUUCCGGGAGUACUUCACCACUUGUUCGCGGACAGGAGUAAGGUACAGGCUUUCCUGGAACCGCUCAGGGCAGGAAUCGAGCUCAACGGUGGACACACCUCCAUAUUUGGGGGCCCCCACUGUUGUCGCCGGCGCGCUCCAGUGCAGCACAGACUUCCGUUCGCCUCCGGUCUUGUCAGCUAUAGACCACGAAGGGGCCUAUAGGUCCAUUACAGUCAGGGACCCGCACGAGUGCGGCCUUUUGCUGCCGGGCGACCCACCCACACUAUGGUCGCAUUUCUCCUUUCCUUUCGGUUCGGUUGGGUCAGUGUGGGGGUACUUACGGGUAGCCGACGUGGUCUCGUUUCUGAGCAUCGCGCUACUACUGAUGUUCGCAGCACAUUAUGUAGACGACUUUUUCUCCAUAGAACAAGCAGCCACAGCGAGCAGAGCCUUUGCAGCCUUUCAGGCAUUCCACAGAAUGCUCGGAUUUCGCAUGAAAGAAGAGAAGUCGAAGCCUCCCGACCGCCAGCAAACCCUUCUCGGGAUAGAAUGGAGCUUCCAAAACCAGGCUCUGUUCGCAUCCCCAGGCGAGGCCAGGAUUGCUAAGCUUAGCCAGACAAUCCGAGACUACCUGCAGUCGGAUCGGAUGUCCGCGUCGGAGUGCGCAGCCCUGACUGUCAAACUGUGCUUCACAUGCACAUGGGUCUUCAACUGCGUAG